AUGUUUGAUAAAUUAAUAUCUCAAAAUUAUUUACUUCUUGUACUAAAUAUUGAUGCAAGUCAACCAUCAGCAUUAGUUAAUACGAAUUUAUUAAAUAUCCGUAAUGUCUAUUCGUCAUUUAUCACAAUAAAUCGUGAAGCACAUGUAUGGUAUCAAGAAGUGUAUCAUACUCUUGAAAAAGUUCAAUUUGGUGGUUCGCUUAGUACCAAUGGUCUUCUAAUAAAGGGUUCAAAAAAAUGUUUAAAUACAAUAAAACGUAUUUAUUGUCAACGUUUAUUACAAGCACCAUAUGGUUUUAUUAUUUCGGAUCUUGUUGAAUUGAGUAAUAUUCAUGUGAAACGACAAGAACGCGAUCCUCUUAUCUCAUUACCUAAUGUAUUAUGUCUGAUCAUCAAUGAUAUUAACCGACGUAGUGGUGGUUAUGGUGGUUCAAUGGAUGAAAUAAAAACAACAUUAAAAUUACAAUAUCCAGAAUUUCCAUUACCUACCGAUGAUAUUCUCUAUAGUACAAUAGGUACAUUGAUUCAAGACAAAAUUCUACUGCUUAAAAAUGGUGGUUAUACGACAUUACCUUGUGAACAAGCUAAACAAGUGAAAACACAAUUUAUAACAAAAGAUCAUAAACUUUAUUCAAAUGAACCAAAAUCUAUAUUUUCACGUUUAAUACAUGGUUUUCGCCGCCGUGAUCAAAAUUCAUCGCCACCAUUUGCUUUUAAUGCUCAAUUACUUACGUCUCCUAAUGCAAAUCUUCCUAUUCCGACACCACGUAUUGUUACCGAUUACGGUAUGAUUGAAUCCAAUGCACAAUUUCGUGCUUCAUCACGUUCAAAUCCUCAUACGAUGCGUCGUGCAUCAUUACGUACGCAUUCCACCGAUACUCGACAGCAACAACCACACUAUCAGCAUUAUCAACAACAGCAAAUUCUUCCAACACCAUCAUCAUCCACACAGAUGCGUCGUCCUCGGCCACGUUCAUUUAGUUUCGAUGAACAAUUAUCAAUCAUUGAUGAUGAUGAUGAAUCAAUUGUACAUGAUAUGCCAUUUAGUGUUGCGCCAGUUCGUCCAUUUCAGCAACAACCAUCACAGCAACAACUUCAAUCUCAACAUCGUCGUUUGAAUACAUCAAAAGUAAGUUCACGUUGUCGUGCUCGUCGUCGACAUCGAUCAAGAUCAUUAACAAAACGAACUAACAAUCGGCCAAUAAAUCAACAACAGUUGCAACAAACGCAACAUGAAUGGUUACAUACGACAGAUAAUCAUCAAGAAUCAACUGCAAGCGAAGAAAUUGAAGAUGAAGAAGAAGAUGAAAAUGAUGAUGAAAACGAACCACAUUUUUCACCACGUUCAACAUCAACGGCAGCUAAUCGACCACGAAAUCGUAAACCAAUUCUUCAUGCAUCUGAUUUUGAUCGUCGUUUAUGUGAAGCAACAACAACGACAACCAUACCAAUGAAUGAAAAAGAAAAUUCUUCACCCAUUAAUAUCAAUAAUAUUCAACAUCACACAAGUCCUGUUUCUCAACCAUCAACUGAACCGGAUGAUAUGAAUUUAAUAGUUUAUAGUAAUAAUAAUAAUGAUUUACUAAAUGCAACAAUCAUAAGUCAUAAAAGUGAAAUGAAUAAUUCAAUGAAAAAACUCUCAUGUCAUGAAAAAUUUCUUACAAUUCGUUAUGGUUCACCUGAUUCUGGUAUUAGUGGAAAAACUUGA